AUGAGAAGACGAAAGAGGCUUAUCUCUAGUAUCUUAUCUGCUUGUGCGCAAGGAAAGGACACGUUGCAUGUCGUCAGCAUGUAUGCUACAAUGAGCAGCAAGGUCGCAUGUCACGUCAAUAGCUCCACGAAAGUGUCCAACCAUGGUGGGAUCGGUAUUGACAGCAAAGCCACCUGUGUUGAAAAUUUCAACAACUCAGAUUUGGCUGAAAGUACAGCUCCUAAUGUUUUUGGUGUGCAACUGGAGCCCAAUAAUAGUAAUCCCUCCUUGCAGCCUGAAAGCUCCAAACAGCCUGCAAAUUCUACCUUGGAGGGAGUGGAACCAAACUUCCAAAUGCAAGCAAACUCUGCAAAAUCACAUUCAAAAAAGAUAGCAAAGCAAACCCCUGCUAAUGUUAGGCGAUCUGAGCGUCUUCAUUCUUCAGCUGUGGUUACCCACAACCAAGAUGUUGAGCGUGUCAUUGACGAGAUAACUCUUACUGGAAGUGAGGAAGAAGAUAACCCUGUGGAUGCAAAACUGCUAGAGCCUACUUCAAUGGGCAACUUGGAAGAAAAAGUAGACUAUAUUCUGAAAAUGUUAGAGGCACAACAAAAGACCACAGAUGUGACAUUUAAGGCAACCAAGAACUCCUUUGAUGGGGGCUGCAGUGGUGGGGGUGAUUUCACUUAUAAAAGCUUGUAUAUUGACUCCCAAAAGAAGGUUGAAGCCUUAAUGGAGGAAAAUUAUCAGCUUAAUUUGAAGUUUCAGAAUGCUCUUGGCAAAAUAGAAGCUUAUGAGAAGGGGAAUCCUAUGGUUUUUGAUGUGUUGGAGAAGUUCAAUGAGAUCUUGGUCUCUGGAUUGCCCAAAACCUCUGCACCGGAAGCCAGUCUUGAGCAUAGGACUUCUGCUAAGAGAAAGAAACUAGACAAGCUAUAA